UUGUCACACCGACAGCGCCGCUUCCGGUUAAUGGGGACACGUCACUGAUUCGACUGAGGAAGAGGACCCGCUUGCUGACCCAUUCUGCACAAAUUAAACGGCAAAACCAUGUCGAAUUCAGUCAUUUCGGUCAUUUCUCGGUUUCUGGAGGAGUACACCACCACGACGCCCAACAAGCUCAAGGUGGUGGACGCAUAUCUGCUGUACAUCUUGCUGACAGGCGCGCUGCAGUUCCUCUACUGUCUGCUCGUCGGCACCUUCCCCUUCAAUAGCUUUCUGUCGGGCUUCAUCUCGUGUGUGGGCGCUUUCAUCCUCGCAGUGUGUCUUCGUAUCCAGAUCAACCCUCAGAACAAAGGAGAGUUCCUGUCCAUCUCCCCAGAGAGAGCCUUCGCUGACUUUCUAUUCGCUCACACUGUCCUCCAUCUGGUCGUGAUGAACUUCAUUGGCUGAAAGAGAUGUGCGUCUGACUCACAGUGCCCCCCUCUCAGAAGAUCACAACAAGAGAAGACAUCCAAACUCACCUUCAAGACAUGAUGCUACAUCUGCUUUGUGCCACUGAUUUGGAGAGUCCCAUCCAACCAUCAUCGCUGAAUUAGUUACAUCUUGUCACAUACGAUGCAGUACAAUUUUCUUACUGAUAAUGGUUGCUUUCUUUUCUUUUUUCAUUCUUUUUUUAACGUUAAAAUUUGUAAAGCAUUCCCUUUUGCACUGAGAAGAAGAAAUAAAAAUUGAAAUGGUAACCUUGUGAAUUA